AUGCCCUCACCCGCUCUCUUCCACCAUCCACCCGGCGUCUGCAUAGCCACCUCUGGUCCUGGAGCCACUAACACCGUCACCGGUAUCGCCAAUGCUUUCCUUGACAGCAUCCCUCUUGUUGUCAUAACCGGACAAGUCCCUCGCCAUUUGAUCGGUAAAGGUGCAUUCCAAGAGACUCCCAUCGUUGAAGUAACGAGUUCGAUCACAAAAAGCAACUACCUUGUGAUGCACGUUGAGGAUAUCCCUAGAAUAAUAGAUGAAGCUUUCUUUCUAGCUACUUCGGGUCGUCCCGGACCCGUUUUAGUUGAUGUUCCAAUGGAUAUUCAGAAACAGCUGUCGGUUCCUGACUGGGAACAACCCAUGAGGAUAACCGGCUACUUGUCUCGGAUGCCAAAACCGCCGGAAAUAUCUCAAAUAGAGCAGAUCGUUAAACUGAUCUCGGAAUCUAAGAAGCCGGUGUUGUAUAUCGGCGGCGGAUGCAUGAGUUCGAGCGAUGAACUGAUUAAGUUCGUGGAGCUAACUGGAAUCCCGGUUGCGAGUACGUUGAUGGGUCUUCGAGCUUACCCGUGUAACGAUGAUCUCUCGUUGCAGAUGCUUGGCAUGCACGGUACCGUGUAUGCGAAUUACGCUGUUGAUAAAAGCAACUUGUUGCUUGCGUUCGGGGUUAGGUUUGAUGAUCGUGUCACCGGUAACCUCGAGGCUUUCGCUAGCCGGGCUAAGAUUGUUCACGUAGACAUUGACUCGGCUGAGAUUGGCAAGAACAAGAAGCCUCAUUUAUCUAUCUGUGGGGACAUUAAGUUGGCACUUAAUGAGCUGAACAAGAUUCUUAAGAACCGAGAGAAGCUCGAUUUUGCGGUUUGGAGGAAUGAGAUUAGAGAGAAGAAGGAGAAUUUCCCGUUAGGUUUCAAAUCAUUCGGAGAUGCUAUUCCUCCACAAUACGCAAUCCAACUUCUUGAUGAGUUAACCAAUGGGAGAGCGAUUAUAACGACAGGUGUAGGUCAACAUCAAAUGUGGGCUGCUCAGUUUUACAAAUACAAGAAACCAAGACAGUUCUUGACUUCAGGAGGCCUCGGAGCCAUGGGGUUUGGACUUCCUGCAGCUAUAGGAGCGGUUGUUGCAAACCCUAAUGCAAUCGUUGUGGACGUAGACGGUGACGGAAGCUUCAUGAUGAAUCUGCAAGAGCUAGCAACAAUCAAGGCCGAGAAUCUUCCUGUGAAGAUACUUAUACUCAACAACCAGCAUCUUGGUAUGGUUGUACAGUGGCAAGACAGGUUCUACGAAGGCAACAAAGCGUACACGUUUUUAGGUGACCCGUCGGACGAAAACGAGAUAUUUCCGGAUUUUUUAUGUUACGCGAAAGGAAGUAAGAUUCCGUCGAAAAGAGUGACGAAGAGGGAAGAGCUUCGUGACGCUAUACAGAUUAUGCUAAGCACGCCUGGUCCUUACUUGUUAGAUGUGAUUGUUUCUCAUCAAGAACAUGUGCUUCCGAUGAUUCCUAGCAACGGCGCUUUCAAAGAUAUCAUUACAUGA